UCGCAAGCAGCGGCAUAUUGAUGGAAAGGAGUCGGUCGAAGAGGAAACAUUGUGAGUAGGAUAUUUACAAACCCACAUGGUUAGAAUGUGAUGAGGAGGAAGGGUUCAGGGUGUGGGUCGAAUUUGUGUUGAUCCCUGUGUAAUCUGUGAUGUGUUCGCAAGCUAUGGCGCUCGGAGCUCCGUCGUUGCACUUCUCGUGCCUGGCUCCUCGUCUCACCACAGCUCUCGUACUAUCUUCUAGGCUUUCAAGAGGUUUGGCACGUCAGCAGAAGGUUUUUAUCACUCCUGCUCUUGUCGGAGGGGGCUCGAGUGGGAGGCGUAGGAGCUUCUCAGCGCGAGCUCAACGAGACGAAGAAGCGGCUGCCAAAGCUGCGGCCCUGAAUGUGGAUGCUGGCGCGCCGACGAUUUUUGACAAGAUUGUGAAGAGGGAAAUUCCUGCUACGGUUGUGUAUGAGAACGUCAAAGUGUUGGCGUUCAGGGACAUUAAUCCACAAGCGCCGGUGCAUGUGGUUCUUAUUCCGAAGGAGAGAGAUGGAUUGACGCAGCUCAGCAAGGCGAGUGAGCGCAACAAGGACGUGCUAGGGGAGCUUCUAUUUGCGGCCAAAGUAGUGGCGGAGCAGGAGGGCCUUGUCGAAGGGUUUCGUGUGGUGAUCAACGAUGGGCCCCAGGGCUGCCAGUCUGUAUAUCACUUGCAUUUGCACUUGCUUGGAGGCCGGCAAUUGAAGUGGCCUCCAGGCUAACUAGAACCUGAGUCAGUUAUUGUAAGCAAUGAGUUUCUGAAAUCAAUCUGAGGAGGCUAAUGCUGUUUUCAAAAUUUCAAAAUUGAACCUGAUGCCAGAGGUUUUGAGUGUUUCUAUGGAUCUCGAAGUAUGUUUUAGAAGGGUGUCAUUGUGCAGAUCUUGAAGUUCAUCUGUUGUUGACAUUGAAGUUAGAGGCUCACGAUAUUCUUGUCAGGCAAUUGGGCUUUCUCUCACCGAAAACAGGUGAUUAGAAUUGGUCGCUGAGCAACAGGGUAUAAUUUGAACUGUGUACAACCAACUAUGAGCAUGAAAUGCUUUGGGAUAAUGA